AUGAUGGCCAUGAACAGCAAACAGCAUUUCUCCAUGCACCCUGCUCUGCAGGAGCCCAAGUACUCCGGCCUGCACGCGAGCUCGGAUGGCAUGCGUCGAGUGUGCCUGCCUGCCCCGCAGCUCCAGGGCAAUAUAUUCGGCGGCUUUGAUGAGAGUCUACUGGCCCGCGCGGAAGCUUUGGCGGCUGCUGACAUUGUCUCCCACGGCAAGAGUAACCCUUUCAAACCAGACGUGACCUACCAUACGAUGAGCAGUGUCCCUUGCACCUCUACUUCCUCUACGGUGCCCAUAUCUCACUCUUCGAACCUCACGGCACACCAUCACCUUAAUCAGACCCUGGAGGGGGACCUGCUCGAUCACAUCUCGUCGAGUUUAUCGGUUAGCGGUAUGGGCGCACCGCCGGAUCCGUCAGUGAUGACAACGCAAGCCCACCAGCAUCACCUGCAAACCAUGGGGCACCUCCACCAAGCUAUGGCUAUAGGGCACCCGCAUACACUGUCGGUUCACAACGGCAUGGCCUGUGUCAACGAUGUGGAGUCCGAUCCGAGGGAGCUAGAAGCGUUUGCCGAACGGUUCAAGCAACGGAGAAUAAAGCUUGGGGUCACGCAGGCGGACGUGGGAUCCGCUCUCGCCAACCUGAAGAUACCUGGGGUAGGCUCACUUAGUCAGAGCACGAUCUGUAGGUUCGAAUCGCUGACCCUCUCGCAUAACAACAUGAUAGCGCUCAAGCCUGUGCUCCAAGCGUGGCUGGAGGAAGCUGAAGCGGCGUAUCGAGAGAAAAACAGCAAACCUGACCUUUUUAACGGCACCGAGAGGAAACGAAAACGCACGUCAAUUGCCGCGCCAGAAAAGCGAUCGUUGGAGGCAUAUUUUGCCAUACAGCCACGUCCGUCUUCAGAGAAAAUCGCAGCAAUAGCAGAGAAGCUUGACCUAAAGAAAAAUGUGGUCCGGGUUUGGUUUUGUAAUCAAAGGCAAAAACAGAAGAGGAUGAAAUAUUCCGCAGCACACUAG